AGCGCGUUUCCGGACUCAGCUUUACUUGCCUCAUCCGCUCGGUUUGAAUGGGCAAAAAGGGCAAGAAGCAGGUGGGAAAGGCCAAACCAGGCAAGAAGCCUUCCAAGAGGGCUUGGCGAAAGGCGGAUGUCGAAGAUGUAGAAGAGGCGCUUGAGGACGACCGCUUGGUAAACAAGCUCAAAAGACAGGCUUUGAAAGGCUCGACGACAGAGCAGGAAGACUUGGAGGCCUUGUUUACCGUGGAUACCAAGGGGUCCUUUGAAGGGGUCUCUCAAGCGUCUCGCAGGGAGUUGGCACGUCGGAAGAUCUUCCCAGAGAAACCUCCCAAGCUGGGCCUCACUGGCUCCGAGGAGGCCAAGGUGGAGCGAACCCUCCAGAGGUUGGCCAACAGGCGAGAGGAGCCCAAAAAGGGCCCAGAGGUCUUUGAUCUUUGGUCCAUGCCGACCAAGGCAGAGCAGUGGAAGGCAGAGAAGGACGACGAGGAGUUGGGUGGCUUUCGAAUCCGAAAGCAGCCAAAGCCUAUGCCAGUCCACACGCCCAAAACGUUGCACCAGCAGGUCAGCUCUGCCCCAGCAGUGCUUCCGGCACAUGAGGGCCAAUCGGUGAAUCCCCACAACGACGCAUAUGAAGACCUGGCCUGCAUGGCAGCAGCCAAAGAGCUGGAAAAAGAGCAGGAGGCCAAGUUGUUGUACCGCACGCAGCGCCCGAUCACUGCAGAGCUCAAAGAUGCUUUGGGCGAUGAUGCCGUGAAUGCCAUGGACGAACCCACGCGAAUCGAGACGUACAGAAAGCUUUUUUGUGCCGAUGCUCCCAAGCAAGAGGAGGGAGAGACUGAGGAGGCCUAUGAGAAGCGAAUAGCGAAAUUCAAGAGGAAAUCGCAGUCGCAGAAAAACAAAGAGCGAAAAAGAAAGUUCAUGGACCAUAAGCAGGCACAGCUGAAAGCUCAGCGGCGUCUGGAGAAGUCCGUGGGUGAAGUGAGCUUCAUUUUGAAGGACCUCAAAGAAGAAGAGCACUUGCAGAAUGAGCGCAAAGCGUAUCGCCAGGCGAUGCGCCAGCAGCGUAAGGACCUCGAAGUCCAGAACGGCAUCAUGGACCCCACCACAAGGUUGGGUCGCGGCAAAGCUCCUGAGGAGGAGUUAGCCGUGCCGGAUGAAGAUCAUACCGGCAGCCUGAGACAGAUCCCGAUCAAGGCCAGCGCGGUCCGAGAUCGACUGUCGUCCAUUCUGCGCAGAGGCCUCCUGCCAUCCAAAGCUGAGAGUGCUUUGGAGGGCAGAGGGCGGAAGAAGAAGUCGCUGAAGUGGCGACACAAAAAGAAGAUGGUGUCUCCGUUGCUGCGGGACAAUAUGGUCACCCGAUGACUGUCUGGUGAAAUGAAUGCUUCUCCGAAAUCCAUUUGUCUCACCAUCGUUAAUGAGCCUUUCCAAGGACCUGUGUCCAGAAAAGGGGGACACGCCCC